UGUGCAGCCAAUCGGACAUUGCUUUGAUCACUUGGGAUUGAUCUUUCUGGAGAGAUCUUCCUGCAAAUCAUCCAAACACAAGAUUGCUGAGCCUCAUUUAGGGGAAAGGGAAUGAUCUCCCAGGAAUAUUAUGAUGGGACUUUGCUGCAGGAGGGAGACAAGGGAGAGUUUGCAAGGAAGGUCUCGACGGUGGGGAACUGGACCGCUUUGGAGGAAAUCUUUGGCCCAGAAAUUGCAGAAACUAGAGAUGUGUCGCUUCCUAAAACAUGCCGAAAUGGUCACGAGAUGGAGGCAGGGGGAGCCUGGCUGGGGACGAAGAGCUACCUGGAGCUGCUGCAGAGUGAGCUGGACGACUGGGUUUUGUCCCAAGAGGUGGAAGCGGCAGAAGAGAUUCCUGCAGGGCCCUCUGCAGAUACUCUCAAUGAUGCAGAUGUCUUUUACACAGUGGAAGGGGAAGAAGUUUGCCAAUGUUCAAACACUGGAGAGGCUUAUGAUAAAAUUGCGACUUUGGCCGAAUAUUUGCUCAAAGACCAACAAGAGAAGCCAGUGGAGGAGCUUUUCGGAAGCCUGGCUGUGGAGGAGUCCUUUACAGACUGUCCCAAGACUGAAGAAAAAGGAAAGAAGAGACGGAGCAGCUCUGAAGAGCCAAAGGCCAAGCGACAGAAAGCGGGUCCAGACACCUGUCUCUCAAAGGACCCCGUCCCCAUCCUCCUUCAGCCCAAUUUCCACAUCCAGUUUCUGGUGACCACCUUCGGAAUGGACAAGGGAUCCCCAAAAGCCCCAGGGCCUUCUGGGAAUCCUAACCUGGAGUAUUGCCUUCUCGGCCCCAAAGAUAUCCAGGUUAUCUUGACCUUCGAGCCCAUCGUCCAGCAAGUCGCUUGGCCAUCCAAGCCUGGGGUUACUGAUGUUAACAGCUGCCCAGGUGAAGGAGGCCCCUCCGAAACAGACAACCAAAACAGCUGCCCAGAUCCAUCCUUGGAACAAACUCCCAAAAGACCAGAUUCAGUGGAGGCCUUCUGUGCAGAGCUGAGGCACCUCUUUACUCAAGGAGACCCCUCUCCGGCCCCCUUUUACACAGAAGUCAUUCUCUCCGAACUUCCCUUGGAGCCGAAGGGGGGUGGCAGCAGUGACCCUGGAGACCUGGAAGAGAAGUCCAAGAAGAACCCGUUUUCAUGGAAUGAGAUCUUCCAGACUCCGGUGGUGACAGGGGGAAAGGAGUCCAGCACCAGGGUUAUUACACUCCUGGGGAAGUCUGGAGCAGGGAAGACCUCUUUGGCCCAAAGGCUCGCCUCGGAGUGGUCCAUUGGCCAGUGGCCCGAGUUCGAAUUCCUCUUCCGAUUCGACUGCCGGCAGUUGAAGUUUCGAAGUCCACAAAACCUCCAGGAGUUGCUCUUGGGACACUCGGCACAUGCUCCAGAACAGCUCCAGGAAGUCUACAGCUACAUUUUGGAAAACCCUAAGAAACUCCUUCUUAUUUUUGAUGGUUUCGAGGACCUGAAGGACCAAGAUGGCCCCGUCGGAGCAGCUUUGUCCCCUCUUUUCCAUAAGAAGGCCCUCAACGGCUGCACUUUGCUGCUUCUGUCACGUCCCAAAGACAAGCCUCAUCAACACGUCCCCAAACCGGACAAAAUCCUGGAAAUUAUGGGGUUUUCUUCACAACAAACUGAAACGUACCUCCAUCGGUAUUUUGAGGCAUUUCCUUCCUGCAGAGGAGGAGAGGACUUCAUCCGGAGCUCUCCUUAUUUGUUCAGCCAUUGCUCCCACCCCGAAAUGUGCCGAUUAAUUUGCGACUCGGUUUCCCGAACGUUUGACAAAGAAUCUCCUUCGACGAUCACUAAACUCAUUGCAAAGUCCCUUCUCAAAAACCCCCAUUUAAAUCACCAAAGUCUCGCCAACUUGGCCCAAAUGGCUUGGGAUUUGGCCCAAAGUGGGCAGAGUGCCUUCACUUCCAUUCGUUUUGAUUCCAAAGAAGUACAAGAGUUUGCUUUGGAUCAUCGGAUCGUGGUCCCUUUACCGGAAGACCCCGUUUCCAAGAUGGAGGGAUGCAAAACAUUUGCCUUUUUUAGCUUCGCAGUGCAGAAUUUCUUUUUGGCUCUGCAUUUGGUCCUGGCCAAAGAGAUCAAGGACAAGAAGCUCACCAAAUACCUCAACUUGUUCCCCAAAUCCAAGAAAUCCCUUAGAUCUUCCUGGGAUUUUGUGCCUUGUUUCUUGUCCGGUCUGCUGUUCUCCAGUGAAAUGUUUGGAGAGGAUUUGGAGAAGAUGGUCUUCAAGAAGCGGAAGAACUUCUCCAAAUACAUCCGGAACCUGCGGAUUUGGGAAUUCAGUCCGGAUCAACUCCUCAAACUCUUUCAUUGCGUCCAUGAAACGGAGGAUGGGUAUCUUUUGCGGCAUUUGGCGCUGAAGCUGCAGCCUGAAAUCUCCUUUUCGGGCCUCUCUUUGGCUCCAUCGGACACCUGUGUUUUGGGAUCCAUCCUGAAAAGAGCCACCAAAGGGAUCACUUUGGAUUUCAGAGGGAGCUCCAUCCGUUUGGAAGGACUUGUAGAACUGUUCGGCACAGAGAACAUCUCAGAGGUCAGGGCAUCCCUGGGCCAGACAGUCCCACUUUGGAGGCACUUGUGGGAAAGCGGGGAAGAAAGGCAGCUGCGGUCGGCCAUGAAGAAGGCUGCCACCCUGCCCUUCAAGGCCCAGACCAUGAGGGACCUCCAGGAUCUCUCUGCUUUGGUGCAGCUCCAGCAGGAAAUGAAUGCAGGUGGAUGCAAGGCCCAAUGUAUUCCAGCCAUUGCAGACCUCCAGAAAAUAGAAUUCACGCUGGGGCCCCUCUAUGGUUUAAAGGGAUUCCGGAAAUUGGUCCCAAUCCUGGAUGCCUUUCCAUCUCUUCGGCACUUGGACUUGGAUUCUCCAAAAGAGAACGAAAUCGGAGACGAAGGGAUCUUGGCUUUUCGGGAAGUCCUUCCUCGGUUGCGCUCGUUGGAAACAUUAAAUUUGUCCCGAAAUAAGAUCACGGACCGAGGGGCCGACGCACUCUCCACUGCCCUCCCACACCUGCCUGCCUUGAAGACCCUGAGCCUUUACAAAAACAGCAUUGGAGACGCCGGGGCAGAAAAGUUUGCAGAAACACUUCCCCAAAUGCAUUCUUUGAAAGUGUUGGACAUCCAUUGCAACAAGAUCACGGGAGCUGGAGCUCAGCGCCUGACAGAGACUUUGAAGAAUUGCCCCUGGGUCCAAAGCCUGGCGCUGUGGAGUCCUACCAUCCCCCAUGGUGUCCUGGAUCACUUGCAGCACCUGGAUCCUCGGAUCAGGCUCCUCUAAAGCAAG